AUGGCAUCACCCGAGGAUUCGUCCAAAGUCAAUUCCCCCACAAAGAGGGAGCAGGAUGCCUUGGUCAAGCCUCGUAAAGAUGACAAAAUGUCCAGGAUUCCGCGAGCGUCGGGUCACAAGGAGUCUUCUACCGGGAGCAUUAAGAGCCCUAGAAAGCCCACCACCCCUCAAACUCCUCGAAGUAGCUUGCUACCACUUCCCGUUCGUGCUAAUCACGGUCUGACUCCCAAGAAACCGACCUCAGCGUCUCAUACGCUUUCGUCAAAUGCGCUAAAGGAUCCUGUUCCGGAAGAUGAGACAGUGUCGACUUCCAUUGAGCCUGACAAUGCUAAGGAUGCGAAUGAGAAAGACGAGAACAAGAAAGAUGACGACAAUAUCAAGGAUGAGACUGAGGAGGAUUCCUGGCCUGAAGAUACGGACCCGAAAUUCCUUGCGGAAGCAGCAGAGUAUCGCCGCCGAGGACCGGUUUUCACCGGAGAAUACCGCGUGAAACGGCUCACGAGAUCUCGACUGGAGAUGGGCCCUACCCUUUUCAUUGCCCCGUCAGCAGAGAGACUAAUCAUGGGGACAGACGACGAGAAGGACGUGUCUUCGUCUAUCUCUGUUGACCAAAAGCUAGAGGAGAAAACUGUUAGCCAUCCAUUUGCAGAGGGAUCUCGCGUAUUUGACCAACAGACUGCCACGAGAGAUAAUAGAUGGUCUCCUCAAGAAGAGCAAUUGCCCUCUCAUGUAACAAGUGAUACUGCCGUGGGCGGAAAUAACGAACAAACGAUGGAAACUGGGUCAUCCCUUGAGCAAUUAUACGAACACAGUGUGCCCUAUGUCAGAGAAUCUCGUGAGGGUGAAGAUAAAGGCAAAGGUCGUGAGAAGGGAGUUUCAACCGAUAUCAAAUCACAGUAUCGGGGUCCUGCUGCUAGAGACGAUGAAUGGCCAGCCCGGAUACAUUCAUCGUCCACUCUCCAAGACUUUAGUGAAGGGCAGGGCCCUGCUGACCAGGUGAUGGCCGAUAUCAAAUCACAGUUUCAGGGUGUGGCCACCAGACACGAUGGCUGGCCAGUCCGCAUAGACUCCUUGCCCAGUUUUCAAAAGUUGAGUGAAGGACACAGCGACGAGGGUCUUAGUGAGCAGGUUAAGACCGAUAUCAAGUCACAGUUGCAGGGUCCUGCCUUCAAAGGCUGGCCACUCCGGAAAGAUUCCUUGCCCGAUUUUCGAAGAUCGAGUGAAGCACACAAAGACGAGGGUGCUGGUUUUUAUGCCAAUCUCCAUCCCAGCCCGUCUGUCGCGUCGAGAAGCAGCAAGAAUCCUAUCUCCUCUGCUUCACGCAUAGGCCGGUUGACUCGUGUCUUCUCUCAAUCUCCGUCUUCGAACCUUCCCCCAACAGCCAAAUUUCGUUCGAGGAACAAUCCUUUACUUCCAAAAUCGUUCACUGAAACAAACGUGAAGAGACGAUCCAUUUCCUCAGUCCUCGUCCCCGAAACUCCUAAGAAAGUCAAGGCUUCUCCGAAGAAACGCGCUGUCGAAGAGAUCAAAAGUCCUACAACGAGCUCUACAAUGAAGUUUCCCUCCUCAAAGCUUCCACGCGCCUUGGACGGUGUUCGUGGCUUUCUCAGCCAAUCUAAGACUGCCAAAAAAGACGAGGCUCAGCCUGCGGACAAGAAAAAGCCCACCACUUCCAAAAAGAUGUCAAUUUCUUCUCCGCAGACUCCAACAAUGGAGUCCAAAAUGUCUCAAGAAAAACAGCGUGGACUCUCAUCUGCUCAUGCCUCCGUUUCGACUCCUCAAUCGGUCUCUUCUGGUUCUCGUUCUCGCACGAAGGGCUGGUCCUUCGCCAGGCCCACGUUUUCCACACGCCAGAGAGCUGCAGCCAACACGGCAGCAAAGGAGGCGCCUUCGCCAAGCAGUCUUGGGUCUCCCUCCGUGGCGAGCCCUCCCCAGAAUCCCACAGGCCCGAUCACCAAGCCAACUGGGGACCUGUGGGAUACCCUGGUGGAGCGUUCGCCGCGGAGGGAGAUCCCAGUCUACGAGUCGAUGCCUUUGGACUGGGAUCCAAAGGAGGAUCCCUCCCUCCCGCCUGUCCCUGAGCCCGUUGCUGACCGCCACGUCGAGGCAGUCAGAAAGUACAUCAAGCGGCUCAGGGACAUGGCGCCGGAGGGAGUGGAUCCUGAGGUGAUGGCCGAUCGGAUCACGGCAUCGAACUUCCUGGAGCGCGGGGUGGAGGCCCUGCUGGAACUGCAGAGGGGGGUAGCCGAGGCUCAGCGUCUUGCUGCCACCCUCCAGUUCCAGCAGGUGGUGGCGAGGAGGGCGCUGUUCCGGCGCUUCAGAGAAGUGCGGGCAGAGUUGGAUAUUGAUGAAGAUUAA